AUGCGGCGUCGAAGGGCCCUAGUAUUUUGGCGAGUUUUGGCACUUGAAAAAUACCUAACGUUAAUGUGGGUUAAGCGGAAUGUACGUCUUGCAAGCCGCUUACCUAAACAUGCUUUCUUGAGGGAACCUCCUAAUCUGAGGCUGCACGAGAACUUAAAGGACUAUGAUUUUGAGCUACUUACAGAGUCUUCAGAUUCAGAUUCUCCCUCUUCUGCAGACAUCACAACAUCCUAUCUAAUGGAAAAUCUGCAAGGAGUUCAAGGCGAAGUAUUGCUAUCUGUAAACCCUCGGCGCUCAUGUUCGCUGGCUCCUUCCGAUUUAGAAGAGUAG